AUCUAUGAAAACAUGACUUGGAUUUGAACCUGUUGGUGUCCUGUUUGCUAGGGAAAGCACUGACCAGUCAUACCCACUCCUGAGAGACUCUUUGGACUUGUAUUUGGCCAUGUAUCCGGACAACGUCCAGCAUCUAAUGCUCCAAGCGAGACUCUAUUUUCACCUCGGAAUCUGGCCAGAAAAGGUUCUGGACAUCUUGCAGCACAUCCAGGCCUUGGACCCCUCCCAGCAGGGAGCAGUGGGCUACCUAGUCCAGCACACCCUCGAACACAUCGAGCGUCGGAAAGAUGAGGCUGGCCCGGAGGUGAAGCUCCAUUCCGACGAGAAACACAAAGACGUCGUCUUUUCCAUCGGCCUGGUUAUGAAGCACAAAAGAUACGGCUACAACUGCGUGAUCUACGGUUGGGACCCAGCGUGCAUGAUGGGACAUGAAUGGAUCCGGAACAUGAAUGUCCACAGCCUGCCUCAUGGGCCUCACCAGCCUUUCUACAAUGUUUUAGUGGAAGAUGGCUCGUGCAGAUAUGCUGCCCAAGGUAGGCCAGCAGUAUUCCCAGCAAACUUGUUUAUGGUUUGCUUAUCCACCACUUGAAAGGAAAAAAAUUGGAAGGAAGGAAGGAAGGAAGGAAGGAAGGAAGGAAGGAA